AUGAGUGGGUAUAUGUCUAGAAGUGAUUCUCGUAGAGGACGUGGUCGCCCUUCAAGAGGAGGACAUGCACGAAACUAUAACUAUCAGUAUGGAGACUACAAUCAAAAGUACAAUUAUUACGAUAACAGAGGAUAUAAUAAUUAUGAUUACAAUUAUAAUUAUGCUCAUGGAUACAACAACCAUGGAUACGAUAACCAUGGGUACGAUAAUCAUGGAUAUAAUACUAACCGUCAAUCGCAAUACCCACAGCAUCAACAGCCACAGCGAGUAAACGUAACAACGGCUGAGGCAAUCAAGAAUCCGAAAACCGAAAAUUUGUCCGGUUUGAAUGAGGCUAAUGUUCCAAAUCGCCAUAGAAUAGAAAACGAUGAAACGAAAACCGAACAUUUCGAACCAAAAAAUGCAAUUUUGAAUGGUCUGUUCGAAAGAAAGAGCAAAAUCGAAGAAUUUCAAAACAAGGUUCAAAAACCGAAAAAGUCAUUGAUGAAAUUUAAAAAGAAAAAAACAAAUAAAGUGAAUAAUCAGGAGGUUAAAAAUGCCUUGUCAUUUGAUGAUGAUGAUGAUGAUGCUAACAUUGAAUAUGAUCAUGCUACUGCUAGUGGUGGCGAUGAUAACACUGCUGCUGGUAGUAAUGAUAGCUAUAACAAUAAAAGUGCUCGUAUGAAUGAUAACAAAAGUAUGGGAGAUAUAAGUGUUCAUGAUGAUAUAGACUUAUUGCUAGAUAAAAUGUCUUCUGAUGUCGGACAAAAGAAGAUCUCAAUACAAGAAUCUGAUGACGAAAGAGUAGCUGUGAAUGAUGAUAUAUCUUUGCCUGUGAAGCCUAAAAGGGAUAUACCGUAUCAUGAACCAUCUAACAUUCCAUUUGUUAAAAAAUUUUAUAACGAAUGUGAAGAAAUAAAGAAUAUUCCAGAGUCUGAAAUUAAUGCGUUCAGAAUAUCCAAUGGAAUAUAUGUGAAGAAUUCGAACAUUAGGCCCAUAUUUCAAUGGUCACAAUUGGGUAUACCUUCUAUUAUUUAUGACACUCUAAUGCUGCUGGGAUAUGAUAAACCAUCACCCAUUCAAAGUGAGUCGUUGCCGAAAAUUAUGAGUGGGUCCGAUUUCAUUGGUAUUGCGAAAACAGGAUCGGGUAAAACGAUUUCAUUUUUAUUGCCUUUGUUUAGACUUUUAUUCGGUAACAAAAAUGAUAAAAUCUCUGGCUUCAGUGAACCUCGUGCAAUAAUAAUAACUCCUACCAGGGAAUUAACCGUUCAAAUUGGUAAAACGUGUAGACCAUUUACCGAUUCAAUGGCAUUGAAGGUUGUAAAAUGUUAUGGUGGCCAAAGUAUAAGUGUUCAGAUUGGUGAAUUGAAGAAAGGUUGUGAUGUGGUUAUAGGUACCCCCGGUAGGAUAAUUGACUUAUUAUGCUCAAAUAAUGGGAAAAUUUUGAACCUGUCAAAAAUUCAAUAUUUCGUGAUGGAUGAAGCUGAUAGAAUGUUUGAUCUUGGAUUUGAACCUCAAAUUGAAAAGAUUGUUGAGCAAUGCCGUCCCGAGCGCCAAAAUGUUCUCUUUAGUGCUACGUUUCCGAAUAAAAUGCAAUGGCUAGCGAGACGAAUGACUAAUAAUCCGAUUGAAGUGACCAUUGGCAGUAAGAAUGUAGUUAAUGAAGAUAUUGAACAAUCGUUUGAGGUCAUACAAGAAAAUGGUGAUAAGUUCAAUAAGCUACUUGAAAUAUUAGGCCAGCACUACCAUGACGGCAAUAAAAUAUUAAUAUUUGUGGAAAGACAGAGCACUUGUGAUUCAAUUGUAAAGAAAAUGAUCAAGAGGGGUUAUCCAGUGAUGUCAUUACACGGUGGUAAGGAGCAACAUGAGAGAGAUGGUAUUAUCAAAGACUUUAGAAGUGGUGUUAUUGAUAUAAUUAUAGCUACAUCCGUCGCAGCUCGUGGUUUGGAUGUUCAAGAUUUAAAUCUUGUCGUCAAUUUUGAUUCACCUUCUCAUUUGGAAGACUAUGUGCAUAGAGUGGGAAGGACUGGUAGAGCAGGUAAAAAAGGUCUUGCAAUUACAUUGCUAGAGAGGGAUGAUCGGGUCCUUCCCGAUUUAGUCAAAAUGCUAAAGAAAAGCGGUAAAGAUGUACCAUUAGAGGUCAUGGAGUUAUACAACGAAGUGGAGAACCAAAACACCAUUAAUAACAAUAGCACCACUAAUCACGCAACUACAAAUCAACAUAGGAAGAAAUUUUCUGGCUAUAGUGGACACGGCCUUGAACAGCUUCAACAACGUCGUGAAGUCCAAAACAACGCAGAACGAAAGGCAUUUGCCGUUAAUGAAGAUGACGAUGACGGUGGUGCCGGUGAUGGUGAAGCUAAUAGCUUCGGCGAAGAUUUGAAAAUCAAUGUUCAUACUGGAAGCGGUGAGAGCAACAUGUUUCGUAUCGAACGGCCAACACCAGAGGAAGCGCAAGUAUCGUUGGUGGGACUUUCUCCAGACACCAGGAGACUUGUUACAUCGCCAGAGACUGUUUCCCAGUUGAGUGAAAUGGGCGUUACAGUUGCCGUCAGAGGUUCAGCCAGUAAAGGCGAUUUACAUCUAUACAUGGAAGGUUCUGCUGUUGGCGUGGAUAGGGGUGUUGUGUUUAUACGAAGAGAGGUAUCUCGUUCUCUUGAAGAAGCCAAUGGUGUCACUAGGAAAGGUGGUAAAUACUCUGUUGUGUAA